CAUAUUUUUUGUAUUCUGCACUUUUUGGUUUCUUUUUGCCUUUCUUUUUGCUCCAAUUCAUUUAAGUCCAGUUCAGUUAAAUUCGCUGAACUCCUGUUCUUUUUCAUUUUUAAUUCCAUAUAUUUUUGUAUCUUCUAAAUUCGACGCCGCUUCACGACAACCAAUUUUUUAAAGAGCAUGUCUGACGGAAGCUGCUUACCGAUGAAGCGCACACUCUCUGCAGCAGCAGCAAUGGCAGCACCAGUGCCGGCAGUGGUGACAGCGGUGGCGGCGGCGUCGGCAGCAAGGACAUCUGCAAGGACGACACUGAGCUGCAACCGGUCACUGCAAAUCCUGAUGCGGAUGAUGAUGAUGAUGAUGAUGACGAUGACGGUGCUGAUGACGGUGCGAUGCCGAUGCCGAUGCCGAUGACGAAUUCGAUGAUGACGAGAUGGUCCGCGAGUCAAUCUCAAUAGAGCUUUUGUGGAAGGGCAGCGAGCGGUACCAGAUGCGCAUCCCCAAAUACGCUACCGUACUUUCGAUAAAAGUGUUGAUUGAGGAGCUGACAGAAAUCGAGGCCGAUAGCCAGAAGCUUUUGGGCCUGGUCAAGGGCAGACUGCCCAGCGACGGCGACACGCUCGUUAGCUUGGGGGUCAGGAACGGCACAAGGGUCAGGCUGAUGGGCACGCGCAUGGCUGACCGGCUAAAGUUUGACGCAAAGAACGCAUGGGGAGAGCCUGAGGACACUGGUGUGACUGGUAUAUCCUCGGGAGCGGACCCUGUUGACCGUGCGUCUGGCAGUUUGCGGCGGGGCCAUGGCCGGAGCCGGGUUGUUUCCGACGACUGGAAACAUAGCCUGGCCAAAAUCGUCAGCGACGCCAGCCUGCGCGUGCUCAACGCGCCGCGGCCUGGCAAAAAGCUUGCAGUAUUGGACCUGGACUACACGCUGUUUGACUGCAAAAACAUCACGGGCAAUGUUGCCGAUAUGGCAAGGCCGGGGUUGCACGAGUUUUUGGCGGCCAUUUAUCCGCAUUACGACCUGAUAGUGUGGAGCCAGACCAGGUGGCACGUGCUGGAGAGCAAAAUAACGCUUCUGGGCAUGCUCACGCACCCGCUGUACAGGAUCACAACCGCGCUGGACAUAUCAACCAUGUUCACUGUAAAAUCCAUCCGCAAUGGCGAGCUGGGGACCCACCAGCACUACAGCAGCCAAAACACCAUCCAUAUUGACGACCUUAGCCGGAAUUUUGCGCUGAAUUACCAGAAUGGUCUGAAGAUUCGCCCGUUUAAGCGCGCGGACACGCAGCCUCGCUCUGAUACGGAGCUGUUCAGGCUCGCUCGGUAUUUGCUCAAGAUUGCGCGGCUGGAGAGCUUGGACGAGCUGGACCACUCUUCGUGGCACAGCUAUAAGUGA